UGCAUUAAUCACCACCACGAGCCAUAUUAAUUAACAUGGCUGAAAGCUCACAUUCAACCAUUACUUUCAAUGGAUGAGAUCAAGUUUGAACAACAGCAAUAGAGAUGGCAGUGGGACAAUGGGAAGAGCAGAACAGGACCCACAAGAAGAGCAUGUCCACAAGAAAAGGUUCAAGAAGAGCUGCAGUUACCUCUUCAGAGAAUUCCACAAGAUUCAAAAGUCUUUCCUGUAUAGGAAAACUGAAGACUGAAGCUUAUGGUCAGGUGACAGUCUACAGCUGGAGUGUGUAAACAAUUGUGCACAUCAAGAAAAAAAAUCAAUACCCAAAAGUCAUGCAUGAGAGUCAAGACAGCAAAUACAGUGAUGAAGCAGAGAGACGUUUGCCUGUCGCAGUGGAUAUGGAAGCAGAAAUUAAGAAUGAAGACAAUGUUGGUCACUUGUCCAGUGAAGAGCAAGAAUGCCUUCAGUACUUAUCUGACACAAUCACGCAGCUAGAAAUGGAACUGAACACUGAAGACAUUUGUGAUAGUGCAGACCUGGACAACAAUGAAAUAAAUUAUGAUGGAAGCAGAGAAACAGAUGCAGCACCAAGUAUCAGCAGCAAAGAUGACUCUGAUGUCACUGCAGCACAAAAUCCAUUUGGUGUGACUACCCCAUCAACCUUGGAGGUUGAUAAGAUAGUUAAUCCGGGAGAUGAAAUGGAAGAAACGUGUCCGUCUAUAGAUGCAGAAAAUGUAACAUCAUCUGCCUGUAAUGGACCUCAGAUAUCUUCUCAGAGUACCCCUAAACUACCAAGGUCCCCUAAUCUGCAUCCUGCUUAUGUAAAAAAAUUUGAUACCAUCUUGCGAUCUGGAGUCUCUGUGCAGGAACUGCGAGCACAGGUGCUUGCCCGUCUUGAUGGAAGUUGUCAUGAAGAACAACAGAGCCCAAGAGAUGCUUUAAGAUUAUCAGUCACUGGCUGCACAAACAAUGCUGGAGGACUGGAACAAAAAAGUCCAAGAGAAGAAGCACUUGAGAAAUUAGGGUUUGUAAAAAAAUCACAAAGCUCUCCUAUAUCUCCAAAUAAAACUAUUGCCCCAGAGAACAUACCUUCCAUUGGGCAGGUUCAAACCCAAGGCAGUUUUCUCUCUCAUGACAUACAUUUGGAGUAGUCCAAACCUUUCACAUAUUUGCAUAUUGAAUGCCUACUUUCUCAGUUUUGAUUAUCAUUUUCUGAUUCUGGCAUUUCUUCUCAAGUUGGAGUCCAUCUCUGGUCAAGAUUUCAAAAAUUUUUGUAGCAAUGUUGUCAACAUGCCAAUGAAAAAGUACUCAUUUUGUUUAUUAAAUGUCUAAAUAUUAAAUAGGAUGCCUUAAAGAAGGAAAAAUAAAUAAAUCUGGU